UAUAAAAUGUGACAUACAAAACACAAAUACGAUAUAAAGAAAUGCAAAGAUUACUACCUGCAUUAAACUCCUUGGUUUCAUUUUAUAUUGCACUCAGAAAUAGACAUUUUGGUACGAUUGGGGACGUAGGUUCAAACAUGUAGGACAAUUUUACAGAUUUUCCUGGGAACUUCCCUUUUGAAUUUAAAUAUCCGAAAAAAAAGUAUUAUGGAUGGGGUGCACAAUAGGUAUGAUCGAAAGAAAACUAAUGGGCCAGUCGAUCCUGCUUGUAAGAAAACCAUCGAUAACAUAGUAUACAGUUCAAUGAAGAAAACAUAGUAAGUAGAAGUAGUUCCUGUCAUCAAAUUAGUUGUCAAAAUUAAAACUUUCAUGGACAAAAAUUAUCCGACUGAUGUUUCCUAGUUUUUAUACCUUCAUAGUGAUAUUAAUAAUUGGGCAUGACAAUGUGGUCAAAUCGGAUUCUGCGGCCGCAGGGGAUAACACUUUUUCCCCAAAGCACAAACGAAUUUUAAAGCGGCAAAUAACACAUAAACUAACUCCUAUUGUGAGUAGCGACGCACAAUUAUUUAAUCGUAUUCACGAUAAGGUAGAUAUUUCGAGAGCGAAAAGUGUAUCUCCCACCUUAAAGGAGUUAAGGGUAGUUUUCGAGCAAUUGUUAAACAAACUGGAAACUUUGGAAUCGACCUCGCGGUCACAAUUUUCCACAAGUUUCAAUAGAUUUCCCACAACCGACGACAUUUUUUCGACGAGGAAAGAAACCACGCAACCCGACAUAAUUUAUGGUUAUAAAAAACGCAACGACGCGGUGAAUGGUAUGAUGUCCAGAUGGGGCGAAUGGAACGGUUGGUCUUCCUGUAGUGUCAGUUGCGGGAAAGGUAGGAAGAUUCGAUGGAGGCACUGUCUGACUGACUGCGACAUUGCGGAAACAGAAAUGGAGGAGAAGACCUGCCAGUUGCCCGCUUGUGCACCUCGGAAAUUAUUUGGCAUUAAUAUUUAAGGAUCUUAAAAUAAUACACUCAGUUUUGUAAACAGAUACUUAUAGGUAAUAUCUAACAGUUCACAUCCCAAUAAAACAAUUAUGGGUUACCACGUAAUUGUUAAUUUUGAGAUGAAUAGAACUUUUCCACCAACAGUCUUAUAUAACUUUUUUUUACCAAUAAAGUUUGUACUUACCGGUUUUUAGGUACCUACUUGACUUACCCUUUACACACCAUACCAAUGUUAAAAAUCAAAAUUAAUCAAUCUGCGAGUAGAGACUUAA